UGUAUUCAGUCUGUGUGCUCCCUUUGUUUGCCAGUUUGUCGUACCUUGUGUCUGGAAGUUCUGUCAGUUUCUAGUGCUCAGUUUCCUAGUGCACCUGUUCCAUUUUUGGAUUUCCUGCCUGCUGUUCUGGACUGUAAGAUUAGUUUAAUCAUUUAGUCAUUGAAACUCUCCCUGCUAUCUCCUCUUCUCAUCUUCUGCAUUUGGGUUCAAGCCUGCAAUUCCUGAAACUCUCCCUGCCCCAGCUGAGCCCCUCGCUGCCCUCUGAAGGAGCAGGAUGACAAGAUGGCACAGCUGCUUGUACCGCCCGGACCUGACAGCUUCCGCCCCUUCGUGCCAGAGUCGUUGGCCGCCAUCGAGAGGUGCAUCGCCGAGGAGGAGGCCCGGAGACCACGGGUGGAGCGCCGUAACGACAGCGACGAUGAAAAUGGGCCCAGACCAAACAGUGACCUGGAGGCGGGGAAAUCUCUCCCCUUCAUCUAUGGGGACAUCCCCCCCCACUUGGUGUCCACCCCUCUGGAGGACUUGGACACCUACUACAGCAAUCAGAAGACCUUCAUAGUAUUGAAUCGCGGGAAGGCAAUCUUCCGUUUCAACGCCACUCCUGCCUUGUACAUCUUAAACCCCUUCAACCCUCUAAGGAGGGUAGCUAUUAGAGUUUUAGUGCACUCGAUGUUCAGCAUGUUGAUCAUGUUCACCAUCCUGACCAACUGUGCUUUCAUGACCCUCAGUAAUCCCCCGGAUUGGGCCAAGAAUGUAGAGUACACAUUCACAGGGAUUUACACCUUUGAGUCCCUUAUAAAGAUCCUGGCUAGGGGCUUCUGUGUGGGGAAGUUCACUUUCCUGCGGGACCCGUGGAACUGGCUGGAUUUCAGUGUUAUCCUCAUGGCGUAUAUAACAGAGUUUGUAAACCUAGGCAAUGUUUCAGCUCUGCGCACGUUCAGAGUAUUGCGAGCUUUGAAAACUAUCUCAGUAAUACCAGGUAAGGCUGUCCCCGCCUGCUGCCAGCACUCCUGCCAUUUGUCCUCUGUGUGUGACCGUUUGCCGUUCCCUCCUCUGCCCUCCCCUCCCCAUGACCCUUCUUUUGUCUUGUCACGACAUGUGUGUGGGUGCUUGAUUUGUGUGUGCCUGGGCGUGUGUGCGUGUGUGUCCCACACCUUUUCCAAAAAUACCCCUCUACCCAACUCCCUCCCUCCCUCCCUCCCUUCCCCUCCCUUCCCUUACAGAUAUGUCACAGAGUUUGUGGACCUGGGCAAUGUCUCAGCACUGCGAACCUUCAGGGUUCUGCGAGCCUUGAAAACUAUUUCAGUCAUCCCAGGCUUGAAGACGAUUGUUGGCGCACUGAUCCAGUCGGUAAAAAAGCUCUCAGACGUCAUGAUCCUCACCGUCUUCUGCCUCAGCGUCUUCGCCCUCAUCGGGCUGCAGCUCUUCAUGGGCAACCUGAGGCAGAAGUGCGUGCGUGAGCCCAUCUACAGCAACGCCACCAACAGCAGCAGCAACAUCACUGCCGACACCGCAAUGUUUUUCAGCAACAACACCCUGCUGGAUAUCAACAUGGCGUUUAUGCAGAACGCCACAGAGAGCUCCUUCAACUGGACGGAGUACAUCAGCGAUGAGAGAAAUUACUAUUACCUCCCUGGCCGUAGGGAUGCUCUGCUCUGUGGGAAUGGCAGUGGCGCCGGGCUCUGUCCGGAGGGCUUCAUAUGCAUCAAAGCUGGUCGUAAUCCAGACUACGACUACACCAGCUUUGACUCCUUCAGCUGGGCGUUUCUCUCCCUCUUCCGACUCAUGACCCAGGACUUCUGGGAAAACCUCUACCAGCAGACUUUGCGCGCUGCAGGGAAACCCUACAUGAUCUUUUUCGUGCUGGUGAUCUUCCUGGGCUCCUUCUACCUGGUCAACCUGAUCCUGGCCGUGGUGGCCAUGGCGUAUGACGAGCAGAACCAGGCGACCAUCGAGGAGGCCCAGCAGAAGGAGGAGGAGUUCCAGGCCAUGCUGGAGCAGCUGAAGAGACAGCAGGAGGAGGCACAGGUUGCCGCGGCAGCCGCCACGGAGAGCGGAGAGUACAGCGGGAGAGGUGGCCCCACCUCGGAGUCCUCCUCGGGGACAUCUAAGCUCAGCUCCAAAAGUGCCAAGGAGCGACGCAACAGGUGGAAGAAGAGAAAGCAGAGGGAGGAGGAGGAGAGGGGGGGCCGGGACAAGUUCCACAAGUCUGAGUCUGAGGACAGCAUCAAGAGAACUAGCUUCCGCUUCUCCAUCGAUGCCAAUAGACUUUCUUAUGAAAAGAGAUGCUCCUCACCCAACCAGUCUCUCCUCAGUAUCCGCGGAUCCCUCUUCUCACCUCGGAGGAACAGCCGCGCCAGCCUGUUCAGCUUCCGCGGCCGGGCGCGCGACAUGGGCUCUGAGAACGACUUCGCCGACGAUGAGCACAGCACCUUUGAGGAGAGCGAGAGCCGGCGGGGCUCGCUGUUCUUGCCGCGCCGUCUCGAGCGCCGCUGCAGCACCGUCAGCCAGACCAGCCUCGGGGCGCCGCGGGUCAUGCUGCCCGCCAACGGCAAGAUGCACUGUGCCGUGGACUGCAACGGUGUGGUGUCGUUGGUCGGCGGAACCUCUGCGACAACCUCCCCUGUAGGUCUCCUGCUGCCUGAGGGGACAACUACGGAUACCGAGCUCAAGAAACGCCGGUCAGGUUUUCGCAAGCCAUCCAUGGAUUAUUUAGAGGAAACGGUGGCCAGGCAGAGAGCCAUGAGCGUGGCCAGUAUCCUCACCAACACCAUGGAAGAGCUUGAAGAGUCGAGACAGAAAUGCCCCCCCUGCUGGUAUAGAUUUGCCAACACCUGUCUGAUCUGGGAUUGUAGCCCCACGUGGUUGAAGUUUAAGGAUGUUGUCUGCACGGUGGUCAUGGACCCAUUUGUGGAUCUGGCUAUCACAGUUUGCAUUGUCCUCAACACCCUUUUCAUGGCCAUGGAGCAUUACCCCAUGACUAAAGAAUUUGACAACGUACUCUCAGUUGGAAACUUGGUGUUCACAGGCAUCUUCACAGCAGAGAUGUGCUUCAAGAUCAUUGCCCUGGAUCCCUACUACUACUUCCAAGAGGGUUGGAACAUCUUUGAUGGUAUCAUUGUCAGUCUGAGUCUGAUGGAGCUCGGCUUGGCCAACGUAGAAGGCCUGUCUGUGCUCAGGUCCUUUAGAUUGCUGAGGGUCUUCAAACUAGCCAAGUCAUGGCCCACGUUAAACAUGCUGAUCAAGAUCAUUGGUAACUCAGUGGGUGCUCUGGGGAACUUGACUCUGGUGCUGGCCAUCAUCGUCUUUAUCUUUGCCGUUGUGGGUAUGCAGCUGUUUGGCAAGAACUACAAGGAGUGUGUGUGUAAGAUUUCUGAUAGCUGUCAGCUGCCCCGCUGGCACAUGCAUGAUUUCUUCCACUCCUUCCUCAUCGUGUUCCGGGUGCUGUGCGGGGAAUGGAUCGAGACAAUGUGGGACUGCAUGGAGGUGGCUGGACAGUCCAUGUGCCUGAUAGUCUUCAUGAUGGUCAUGGUCAUUGGAAACCUGGUGGUUUUAAACCUGUUCCUGGCUCUCCUCCUGAGCUCAUUCAGCGCUGACAAUCUGGCAGCAACUGACGACGACAAUGAGAUGAACAACCUGCAGAUUGCUGUGGGCCGGAUCCAGCGGGGCAUCGCAUUUGUCAAAUCCAAAGUGCGGCAGUUUCUCCAGAGCCUCUGCUUUGGCCGGGCCGGUAAGGGCUCCGGUCUAGGUGAGGAGAUCAAACCCCUGGAUGAACUUCACAGCAAUGGCAAAGGAAACUGCAUCUCCAACCACACUUCAGUAGAGAUCACCAAGGACCCAAGUGGGGUGUACAUGACAGAGGGCAAUGGAAGGGCAGGAGGAGGGCUGGUGGUUGGGGUUGGUGGAGACACUACACCCAAGUACCCAAUGGAGGAAUGUGACUACAUGUCAUUUAUUCAUAACCCCAGCUUGACAGUCACUGUGCCCAUCGCUGUGGGCGAGUCGGACUUUGAGAACCUAAACACAGAAGAUUUCAGCAGCGACUCGUCGGAUGUGGAGGGCAGCAAAGAGAAACUUGAUGCAGAGCCCCAUCCUCUGAGCUCGUCGGAGGGGAGCACAGUGGAUAUACGCCCACCAGGAGAUGGGGUGGAUUCAGUGGAGUUGGAGCCGGAGGAGUCACUGGAACCAGAGGCCUGCUUCACAGAGGGCUGUGUGAGCAGGUUCCAGUGCUGCCAGAUAAACGAGGACGACGACCAUUUUAAGACCUGGUGGACACUCAGGAAAACCUGCUUUAUCAUAGUGGAGCACAACUGGUUUGAAUCCUUCAUCAUAUUCAUGAUCCUGCUCAGCAGCGGAGCACUGGCGUUUGAGGACGUUUACAUCGAGCAGAGGAGGACCAUCAAAACAGUGCUGGAGUACGCAGACAAGGUUUUCACUUAUAUCUUCAUCCUGGAAAUGCUGCUGAAGUGGGUGGCAUACGGCUUUGUCAAGUAUUUCACAAACGCCUGGUGCUGGCUCGACUUCCUCAUUGUAGACGUGUCCCUGGUCAGCCUUGUAGCCAACGCUCUGGGCUACUCUGAGCUUUCCGCCAUCAAAUCUCUGAGGACACUCCGAGCCCUCCGGCCCUUGAGGGCCCUGUCUCGGUUUGAGGGCAUGAGGUGGCUCAUCUUCAGCAUCAUGGGCGUCAACCUGUUUGCAGGGAAGUACUAUUACUGCGUCAACACCACCAACGAUGAGGUGUUCCCCAUCAACGUCGUCAAUAACAAGACCGAGUGCCUGAACUUGGUCAACGAUAGCGCCCGCUGGAAGAACGUCAAGAUCAACUUUGACAACGUCGGUGCCGGCUAUCUGGCUCUGUUGCAAGUGGCAACAUUUAAGGGUUGGAUGGACAUCAUGUACGCAGCCGUGGACUCUCGCGAUUUGGAAGACCAGCCUGAAUAUGAAGUGAACUUGUACAUGUACCUCUACUUUGUCAUCUUCAUCAUCUUUGGCUCCUUCUUCACCCUCAACCUGUUCAUCGGUGUCAUCAUCGACAACUUCAACCAGCAGAAGAAGAAGUUUGGAGGACAGGACAUCUUCAUGACAGAAGAGCAGAAGAAAUACUACAAUGCCAUGAAGAAGCUGGGCUCCAAGAAACCCCAAAAACCGAUACCUCGACCAACAAAUUCAUUUCAGGGCUGCGUGUUUGACUGCAUCACAAAGCAGGCCUUCGACAUCGUGAUCAUGAUCCUCAUCUGCCUCAACAUGGUGACCAUGAUGGUGGAGACGGACGACCAGACGCCGGAGAUGGACAAAAUCCUCUACUGGAUCAACCUGGUCUUCAUCAUUCUCUUCACCGCCGAGUGUAUGCUCAAGAUGAUCUCCCUGCGUCACUAUUACUUCACCAUCGGUUGGAACAUAUUUGACUUUGUGGUGGUGAUCCUGUCCAUUGUAGGAAUGUUUUUAUCCGAAGUCAUCGAGAAGUACUUUGUGUCCCCGACGCUGUUCCGAGUGAUCCGUCUGGCCAGGAUAGGCCGCAUCCUCCGCCUUAUCAAAGGUGCCAAAGGCAUCCGGACGCUUCUCUUUGCCUUGAUGAUGUCACUCCCCGCCUUGUUCAACAUUGGCCUCCUCCUCUUCUUGGUCAUGUUCAUCUAUGCCAUCUUUGGCAUGUCCAACUUUGCCUACGUCAAGCGCGAGGCGGGGAUCGACGACAUGUUCAACUUCGAGACCUUCGGGAACAGCAUGAUCUGCCUGUUUCAGAUCACCACGUCGGCCGGGUGGGACGGCCUGCUCGCGCCCAUUCUGAACAAGCGGGAGCCUGAUUGCGACAGCCAGAUGGAGCACCCGGGCAACAACUACAAGGGCAACUGUGGCAACCCAUCUGUGGGCAUCUUCUUCUUCGUCAGCUACAUCAUCAUCUGCUUCCUGAUCGUGGUCAACAUGUACAUUGCCGUCAUCCUGGAGAACUUCAGCGUGGCCACGGAGGAGAGUGCCGAGCCGCUGAGCGAGGACGACUUUGAGAUGUUCUACGAGGUGUGGGAGCGCUUCGACCCAGACGCCACCCAGUUCAUGGAGUACAGCAAGUUGUCGGCCUUCGCUGACGCCCUAGACCCGCCACUGCGCAUGGCCAAGCCCAAUAUGCUGCAGCUCAUCUCCAUGGACCUGCCGAUGGUGAGCGGCGAGCGCAUCCACUGCCUCGACAUCCUUUUCGCCUUCACCAAGCGUGUGUUGGGCGAGAGCGGCGAGAUGGACGUGCUGCGCGGGCAGAUGGAGGAGCGCUUCAUGGCGUCCAACCCCUCCAAGGUGUCUUACGAGCCCAUCACCACCACCCUGCGGCGCAAACAGGAGGACAUGGCCGCCGUGAUCAUCCAGAGGGCCUUCCGCUGCUACAUGAUGCGCCUGGCCAUGAAGAAGGCCUCCACCCUCUACAAGGAGAAGCUGAAGGAGGGCCUCCGGGACCCCGACAAGGACGUGAUGGUCAUCAGCAAGUUCAACGAGAACUCCACCUCGGACAAAACGGACAUGACGCCCUCCACGGCCUCCCUGCCGUCUUACAACAGCGUUACAAAAUCAGACAAGGACAAAUACGAGAAAGAAAAAAAGCGUGAAAGACAGAAAGAUGUAGACUUUUUAAAUAAGAACAAAAAAUAACAGUGCAUCAGAGACACAAGGGGAAUUUGUUUACAACUUCUAAAGGGGGUGGAUAGAUAUACGGCCCUUUUGCGUUGAUUGUUUGAGAGAUGAGGAAUGCUACGCCAGACGGGCCGAAAACGGGAGAGUGCUUAUGUCAUAUGUGAAUACAUGGGGUCUUCGCAGAGGAGUGAUGUAGAAACAUAACGACCCUGCGGAUAUUGCCAGAGAUUGACUGGAAUAUGACAUGGAAAAGCCUCUGUGCAAAAACGCUUGUGAUUUUCCUAUUGGUUGUUGUUACUAUCUGACACACUUGAGUGUACUGUUAAGUUGUCUGUAGCUAGUGCUGCUGCUACUACUAUAAAUCCAGUUUCUUGAAUUUAACAAUGGCUGUAUCACUUAAGUACUCAUAGUUACAAGGUUUCACUUUUGUUUUAUGAGAAAGAAUGUUUUCUACUUUUUUUGUGUGUGUGGGAUGAUUGUAAGAAUGUGACCACUGCUUUCUCUGUUGUAAAAUCACCAAGGGCAGACCAAGUCAAUGCUGGAAACUACCCCAACCCUCUGAAAGUGCAGUGCCGGGUCGCUGCCACAAUGCCCUUGGUUCAUACAGUAUACGCAGCUAUAAACGGAAAGCAUGCCGCUGAAGUGCAAUGGACAAAUGCAGUUCAUCGUAUUCACUGGUGUGCCAUCAGUUAUUGUUGAAAUCUGUAUUGUGCUUCUGGGCUGCCAUCUCCCCAUUUCAACAGAAAACACAAGUCUCUGAAUACAGAGAAGCUGAAUGUAUGCAAGGCACAUUUGAAGAAAUUGUUUGACAGUUUGACAAAAAAAAUUCUGAGUUGUUUUUUUUGCUGCGAUUCAGAUGAGGAAGAUUGAUACAUGCUCCUAUCUGGCAGUGGUAUCAAUCUUUUCAUCUACCCCUCAUUUAUUUCCAGGCGCCUAAUUCCCCAAAAGUGUCAAAACUGUUCCUUUAAGGCAACACUCGUAUCUACUCGUUCAUCUGCUGUCGUGUUGCAUCGUCUCCUCUCACACGUUUGUUUCCCCCUUUAGUCUCCCAGAGUUCUUGUAAAGAAAAAAGAAGUAAUGAAAAGAAAAUGUCAAUCUGUCUAACUUCUCUCACGCUAGAACAUGACAAUAUAUCACAUUUAAAGGUUAUUAUAUCCCAAAUGUUUGUAUAACAUUCAUGUUGUUCUAAGAUUGAGAAGUGAGUGGUUUUAAUGUAGUGGUUUUGUUUGUGUAUAAUAUCGCUAUUUGGGCCCACAGUAUGCAUCACACUUACAUUUGAUGUAAGAGCACUUUUCAUCCCCACUGCUACGUAAUACCAAGUGUGGCGGUCAUACAUGUAAGUUUGCGUGUGCGAGAUAUGUAUGUCUAUGUGUAGAUUUGUGACAAAGGGGAGAAUGUAAGCAUCUAUCUCUUUAUGUGAACGAGUGUGUUUUUGUGCAACUGGGGUCUGCAGGUUGUUAUUUCCACUGAUUAUAAAUAACAUUUUUACUGUAGAUAUGAGUGCAUUUUUCCAGUCUUUGGAUUUGAUUUGCAUUUUAUUCUAGAACUCGUCUUUUUCUUUUUUUUUUUCUGCACUGUAACAGAAUAUGAAACCCGUGUAUGGUCCCCAUAUCUGUAGAUAGAAACCAUGAAGCAAUCAGUAGCCAUCUCUCAUUGCGCUUGUGGUGUUUUUAGUGAACUGCAUGCAAGAAGUGACUACUGUCCGCUCAUAUGGUCAUAUAAUUUCAAAGCCAAAAGAAUAAAGGACAUAUUUUUUGUAAA